CACAAUGUACACAACAGUGUUUGAUAGAUACUGUGGGGUGUAUUAACAAGUAGUCACCCUUGUUGGAACAUAAACAAUGGAUGCAGAUAGACCAAGUGUCAGCAGAUCUAGUGAGAGACCGAUUACCCGAUGGAGGAGAGAACCAGAGCCAAUUGAGAGGCAAUCGGCAUCAUCCACUAGGCCGUCCUCUGGGGCAUCGAGGUCUUAUAGUAAAAUGGAACGUCCGACCUCUCGCAGGGGCAUAAAAAAUGACAUCACAGAAUUUGGAAUCUCCAGACCUCCGACUAGUGGAAAAAACACAGCUUCUCGUCCACCAUCUGCUAAUGGCAUGGCCAGUAGAGUACCAACCGCUGCUCCUCGACUUAAUACCAUGAGUAGUAUUAAUUUGUCUAGAAUGAAUUCGGGUCUUCCCAGAAACUUUCCUCCUUCCAUUGGCGUGAUGCAGGAUCGUCCGCUUACACAACAAGGUUUGGCAGGUCUUCGACCUAGUUCGUCCAGGGGUGAUCCUAGAGCAGUCAGGCAAAUUCAAGAUAAAAAAUAUCAUGAGCAGAUACUGAAAUUUAAAAUUCAAGAAGUAAAGCACGAGAUCGUGAUUUUGAAUCAAUAUAUCGAAAGGCACAAUAUGGAGAAAGCAGAUGAGAACCCACAGCACGACCAGAAAUCUGGAGAGUUUGCUGCUCAGAUGGUCGAAUUGCAAGCUCAGUUGGCUGAGUACAACAUGUUUUUGGAUAAACUGACAUCUGCCUCCGAUAAAGAUGAUGUAGAUACAGCAGUGAAGCAGUUAAAAGAAUUGAGUAAUGCAGAAGAAGCACACAGAAGUAUUACCCCUCCUCCUGUUCCUGAAAGAAAAAAACCAAAAGAAAAAAUUUCCCCAGUCAAACAGGAAGCAUACAAUUUAUAUGUUAAAAUUUUCGAGUCUGAACAAAAGCGUAAUAGGAUUGCGGACGAUAGUUUGACAUCCGCAGAAGAAAAAGAUCGGUUAUUAAAGAAAAUAAAACAAGAUGGUUUAAAGGCCGCGUUAUCGGAGAAGCAAGAAAAGCAAAAGGCAGACUCGGAAACAGACUUAGAAAGCAAUAACGGCGAGAAUAAUAAAAAGGAGGAAAUCAUGGAUAUUUUCAAGUCAACCAUGGAAAAGAACAAGGCAGAUGAGCUUGAAAAAUUAAACUAUCUAGAGGAGCAAAUCUUAGAACAUCUUGAAGUUAUAUCAAGCAACAUUGAUGCGACUCUCGACAGUAAUAUACUGGAUUCUGAUGAAGUGGAACUUUUGAAAACACUGAUGCAUCAAAAUUUUGAGAACCACAAUGCCAAGAGCCUUGAAGAAUUGAGACAGGAUAAUAAAAAGUCACGUCAAUUUUUAAGUAAACUAGAGUCUCUUGAAUUGAAGAUCAUAAGUGAAAUAAACAAAAACAAGGAAAACCCGGAAGUUGAAAUAGCUGGAAAUUCAGAAAUCUAUGGGGUGUCUGACAAGGUCAAAAACGAUGAAUUUACGGAACCUGAGAAGAGAACUCAAAGAUUAGAGGCUAUUAAAAGGGACCAUAGUAAACUGAAAGCAGAUAUAGAAAAGAAUGAAAUUUAUCGUUCAAUAAGCAUUUUAGAAGACAAAUUAGGAAGAGUAAUGUUUGACAAUGAGUCACUGAAGCGAACGAUUGAGGAACAAAAACAACGCGACGACUCUUCAUCAUUAACUGAAAGAUUGGCUUUCCUCACAACUCAGUACAACGCAGUUUUGAUUAAUGAAAUGAAAUCUGUGUAUUAAAUAGUGUUUUCUACUUAUAAAAGUUUAAUAAUGCAACCAGCAGCCAAUACAUUAUAAUGUACGUACUGAAUAGGUUAUAUAAUUGUGCAAUAAUUAUUAUAAAAUAAAAAAAUUAGCUUCUUAGACUAUCUCCCCAGGAUAUGAACUUUUCUUUAAAAACUAGUAUGUUCUUCAAAAGCGCUUUUCGCAAAACGAUAUUUUAUUGGUUUUGUUAUCAACUCUGCUAAAAUAUAAUCCAAACAGAAUAUUAAAUUUUUUAGAGCACAACAAGCCGAGGCAUUUCUAUCGAUUUCUAUUCUUGAAAUGUAUCAUUUUUUCUUAUCCUCAACAAAAGUACACAGUUAACAGCUAUUGGUAAUAUAUCAUUUUUAAUACGCCUUUGUCUCGUGAAUUACGACUUUUAAUCUUCCUCUCUCAUAGCCAAAAGCACCGUAAAGUAAGAGAAAGAUGAGCUCAUCACCUGUAAAUGAAAAAUAAAAGAUCUAAUCCGAAGCAAAUAGUAUAGGAAAAUGGAUAAUUUUUAUACCUUCAAAAACGACUCGAGAGACAUGUCAUAAAAUUUUCCAGCUGUAAUGGUACAUGGUUUUCUGGAUCUCAGUAUAAUCAUUCUCAGAUUCGUACUUAACACACUGCCGAUCCAGUUACUGGUGUAAGCAAACUCUGCGACGUCUUCGCUCUUCAUCGCAAUUGGUAUAUUUGUGUGAAAAUUUUGCAUACAGUUAAAUAGUGUAUACGCAGCUUUCUUAUUGCGCAAACUUAAUAAUUUGAAUAAAACAAUAAUUCACGAAAUUA